AUGAAGAUUCCGUAUAACAGAGUCCACGUCCAAGGACAGAUCCUCUUCGCCGCCCGCGGAGGCGCAAUACACACCUUCAGUCUCACAGACGGCAGCCACAUCUCAUCAUGGAAGCACCCCGACGUCGACAAAGUCGCCCAGUCGAUCCAGGCCAUUAAUGACGCCAAAGCGGAAGCUGCUGCUGCUGCUCUCACGGCCGAGGCCGAUAGCACUCCGGCGACUGAAAGCGAGGGCCCGCCUGCCAAGCGGCAAAGGCUGGAUGGCGGCGACAGUGAGAAGAACCCUUCAGUGAGCGCUCAAGUUGUUGACAGCGGCAAAUCCCGCUUUGCGCGUGUGCCUGACCGGCCGGUGGUCACUCAUCUGACGAGUACGCCGGACGGCAGCCAUCUGGUGGCCAUCACCGGGCACGACAAGGUCAUUUGGGUGUUUGAGCAUGACGGAAAUGGCCAAUUGAAGCAGCUCAGCAAAAGGACAAUGCCCAAGCGACCAAGCGCAGUCGCCAUCGGCCCAGACAACCAAAUCAUCAGCGGCGACAAGUUCGGCGACGUCUACGCCAUCCCUCUGCUCAUCCCAGAAGACGGCUCCAAGUCCGCAGCAUCGCUUUCCUCUCUGCCGCUCCCCUCGAAGAAGGCCUUCAAGCCCACUGCCACCCCGCUCACCGUCCACUCCAAGGGCAACCGCCUCGCCCUGCUCAACCAGAUCAAGCAGGCCGAGCUCGCCGCCGAAUCCAAGGCCGCCAACUCUGGAGGCCCCGAUUUCGAGCUAAACCUGCUGCUGGGACACGUCUCCAUGCUGACCGCCCUCAUCCUCGGCGAGCAGCAGGGCCAGGGCCGCCGAUACAUCCUCACGGCCGACAGAGAUGAGCACAUCCGCGUAUCCCGCUAUAUUCCCCACGCGCACAUCAUCGAGGGUUUUUGCUUUGGCCACAAGGAGUUUGUCAGCGAGAUGGUCAUCCCCCCAUCCAAGCCAGACGUCCUCAUCUCCGGAGGCGGCGACGAAGACAUCUUCGUCUGGGACUGGGUCGCCGGGAAGCAACUCUAUAAAUCAAGCAUCCUGUCUCUCGCGCGGGAAAUCGCCCCUGAGACCGCAACCGUCGCCGUGUCGGGCCUAUAUACUCUGCUCUACCCCUCUGCAGACGGACCCCUCACAUACAUUCUGGCCAUCUGCGAAGACAUCAAAGCAAUCUUCUCCUGGAAUCUCAACCAAUCCAACGAACUCCACUACCCAGGCAUCAUACAACUCCCCGGCAAACCCCUCUCCCUCACAAUCUCCCCCAACGACGACAACGCCUCUCCCCCGACUGUCAUCGCCGCCAUCGAUCCCGACGCGGAAACCCAGGCGCAGAGCCUCCACGCAUUCCGCCUGACCAUGAACAACGGCAGGCUCGCCGUGGACGUCGAGACCUCGUUCAAGGACCAGGAGGUGGAGGCGAGCGAGCCGGAGCUCACUGAAGAGGACGUCCGGGGGCUCCUGUACACUGUUGAAAGCCUGCGAAAGGUGGUCACGGGUCCGGAUGAAGAAGGGGGUUCGGAAGCACCGCAUGGAAAUGCAGAUAGCGAGGCAGCCGCAGAUACCGGUGACGGUGAGCAGUAG